CAGUACAAAGCUCGAAAGCCAUUUCUCUUACGGUCGAAAGUCUCAAAUUUUCAAAACAAACAUGGAAGGGGAAGAGCAGAGUCCUAAGAUCAUCUACGAUAUUAUCAUCCUGGGUGCCUCUGGUUUCACAGGCAAGUACGUAGUGAGAGAAGCCCUCAAGUUUUUCGAUGCCAGUUCCUCAUCCCCUCUCAAAACCCUAGCCCUAGCUGGCCGAAACCCCUCAAAACUGGCGCAAGCCCUAGAAUGGGCCGCCCACCCCAAUCCCCCACCUGCUAUUCCUAUCCUCACCGCGGAUACCACCGACCCGCCAUCCCUCCGCCGCCUCUGCUCCCAAGCCAGGCUCAUCCUCAACUGCGUGGGCCCCUUUCGCCUCUAUGGCGAGCCUGUGGUCGCCGCGUGCGUGGAAUCGGGCUGCGAUUACCUGGACAUAUGCGGCGAGCCGGAGUUCAUGGAGAGAAUGGAGGCGGCGUACCAUGAGAAGGCGUCGGAGAAGGGUUCUUUGGUGGUUUCUGCAUGUGGGUUCGAUUCAGUUCCGGCUGAAUUGGGUCUCAUGUUCAACUCUAGACAGUGGGUGUCUCCGGCAGCGCCCAAUCGGGUGGAAGCCUACGUGAGUCUGGAGUCGGAGAAGAGAGUGGUUGGGAAUAUGGGGACGUACGAGUCCGCGGUUUUGGGCGUGGCCAAUGCCGGCAAGUUGCAAGAAUUCAGGCGGUCCAGACCCAGAAGAGCUAGGCCAGUGAUUCCUGGUCCCCCUCCACCAAAAGGACCAACAAUCGAACACCAGAAGCAGAUUGGAAUUUGGGCUGUAAGGCUUCCAUCUGCGGAUUCUAUUGUUGUGCGACGAACACUUUCUAUUCUUACAGAAAACCCGUGUGGUCUGCCUGGUGUCAAUGAGAGUAGUGAACAGAUUGCAAAGAAAGAGGCCUUCUGGUCAACCGUGAAGCCAGCUCAUUUUGGGGUGAAGAUAAGCUCAAAAUCUCUGUUGGGGAUAUUCCGAAUCAUCACAGUAGGAAUUUUCAUUGGGGUCUUUGGGAAAACUGCUUUUGGGAGGUGGCUUCUGUUAAAAUUUCCCUCGGUUUUCAGCCUUGGGUGGUUCAGGAAGAAGGGUCCCUCUGAAGAUGAGGUGAGAAGUGCUUCCUUCAAGAUGUGGUUUGUUGGACAUGGUUUCAGUGACUGCAGGCUUCUUUCAGAGGGAAACAUGAAGCCUGAUAGUGAGAUAAUAACAAGAGUAAUGGGACCUGAGAUUGGGUACGUGACCACCCCAAUAAUUCUACUUCAGUGUACUCUCAUUGUGCUGAGCCAACGGGACAAUCUACCCAAGGGUGGUGUCUUCCCCCCUGGGAUUGUGUUUGGACACACUGAUCUCCAACAACGACUCCAAGAAAAUGGGAUUUCUUUUGAUGUAGUUUCCAGGAACUGAUGGGUUCAACUUUUGUCUGCUGAACGCUAUCUGAUAAUAAGUUAAUUACUGAAAGUUGAGGUGCUUGUGGGUUUCUUUCUCGUGACUCUUCUUCUGCCAGAGUGGUUAUGGCUUUGGCUUUGAUGAGCUUGUGUCUUAACUCUGCAUUUGAUUUGCUUUUCAUACAUUUCAUCCUUUCAUGUGCUGCUUUAAAUGCAGGAGCUGGUGUUUGUGGUUUA